AUGAUUUUCGUCUCCCAGCAGCCGAGAAUCUCAGUCCCUGAGAACCUCCCUAUUUGGGAUUUCCUCUUUGAGUCUGAAUUUUCCCCUCUUCGUCGUUCCAAGGCGAACAAUCUCGCAGGAUUUACCAACGCUGUCACCAAAGAGCGAGUGAGAUACGACGAGUUGAAAACUUAUGCGAUUAGUCUAUCAAACGCGCUAGUGCGACAAUAUGGCUUACGCGCAGGGGAGACAGUAGCACUGUUCAGCCCAAACACGGUUUGGUAUCCAGUCGCAAUGCUUGGAACAAUCCGCGUCGGCGGCGUUAUUUCCGGUGCUUCGCCCGCAUACAACGUUGAGGAGAUGAGCUAUGCUCUGAAGACUGCUCGAGCAAAAAUCCUAAUGACAACUGCUGCCUCACUUUCAGUGGCAGUGCCAGCUGCGCAAAAUGCUGGAAUCCCUCGAAAACACAUUUUUCUGCUCGAAGGAGACGCGCCAGGAUAUACAACUAUCAAAGAGCUUAUCGAAAUUGGAGAUGAGCCUGGGAUUAGGGAUAAGGUGUUGCCAUUUCACAUCCCUCGAGGAAAGACCAACAAAGAUGUCUGCGGUUUUUUGAGCUUCAGCAGUGGCACGACUGGACUACCUAAAGCGGUCAUGAUAUCGCAUCAGAAUGUAAUGGCGCAGUGCCUUCAGGUUCAACAGGUGACAUCCCCAGACCAUAAGAAAGUUCUAGCCGUUCUUCCCUUAUUCCACAUUACAGGUCUAGUUCACCAGAUGCAUCUCCCUGUCUUGCGCAAUGCAGAGGUGUACAUGCUGCCUGCAUUCAGCAUGGAAUCCAUGCUAAGCACGGUCGUUGAAUAUCAAAUAUCCGAACUGCUACUUGUCCCACCCAUUCUCAUCCGUCUGUUACGCGAUCCAAUUGUGGCUCGUUAUAACCUCUCCCAUGUUCGGAAAUUUUCUUCUGGUGCUGCUCCACUUUCUUCUGAGGUUCUACAAGAACUAGAACGAAGAUUCCCGAACACGGGCUUCAAGCAAGGGUACGGAAUGACCGAGUCUUGCAGUUGUAUAACUGCACAUCCGCUCGACAAGUGCACUUAUAACUAUGGACACCGAGGUGGCACCAUUGUGGCAAACACCGAAGUUAAGAUUAUUGAUCCUGAUACUGGUCGAGAGCUUGGAUACGAUGAACCAGGAGAAAUUCUCGCUCGCGGGCCACAGGUAGUAAUGGGGUAUCUGGACAAUGAAAAAGCAACACGAGAAACGUUUGAUGAGGAUGGGUGGCUGCAUACAGGUGAUGUUGGUUAUAUGGACCGUGAAGGGUUUAUAACCAUCACAGAUCGCAUCAAGGAAAUGAUCAAAGUAAAGGGAAUUGCUGUUGCACCGGCCGAGCUAGAAGACUUGUUACUUGGUCACCCUAUGGUCGAGGACGUCGCAGUCAGUGGAAUACCUGACGAAUAUAGCGGUGAACGUCCCAAAGCUUAUGUGGUGCUGAAACCAACCUUCCGUCUGAAAAACGAUGUCUGCAAUCUUGUCACAUUGGCGCGGGAGCUCAUUGAUUAUGUCCAAGAAAACAAAGUGCGUCAUAAAUGGAUUGUGGAAGUCGAAAUCCUUGAUGAAAUCCCCAAGAGUGCUAGCGGGAAAAUUCUUCGGCGAAUUCUUCGCAAGUUGGAGUAUGGAAAGGAUGGCAAAGAUCGAUUGAUCGCACGGCGGCAGAAAUGCCGCUCGAGGCUUUAA